AUGACACCGGAAACAAAUGUGGAGCGCAUGACGCUUUCCCAUGGAAUUCAGGAACGCGCCGUUGAGAAUCGCAGUUAUAGCCACCCCAGAUAUCCAGGCACGAGCGACGGAGACGUAGUCAUGUGGAACUUAAGUCUUAUUCUCGACGGACUUAGUAGACCUGAUGAGCGCAGGGCCGUUUCGAUCCUCAGACUGCGCAACUCGUGCGUGAGCUGCCUGAAGACAUAUCACGACCGCUGGAUCGUCGCAGGGUUUUCGGACGGAGCAGUGUGCUUUUAUGACCCACAGCUCCGUCUGGUUCGCUGCUUCGAAGACCUAGAUGCUGUGAGGAAAGCCACAUCUAGCCUAGGCUUGAGGAUCGUCAAUCAAUUUUUUUCCACCAGGAUUAAGUUCAUAUCUUCUUCCACUGUAACAAACGUCGCGUUCUUAAUGUUCUUGUUGCCGCUGGUUCCUCAGGGUCAAAUAAAAUGCGUAUCCUUCGUGGACGCUUUAACACCUGAAAGCCGUAUGUUUGCAGGAUUGAUAGGAAGCACUCGGCCUACAAUCAUCUUAUUGGCUGCAAGGAACACGUUAUUGCAAUGUAAAGUUGUGAAGCUCAACGUGACCCAAGCGCUUCCACACUUAGAAGGCUCCGCUUCUGCUUCGAAGAAGGGCUCAGCAAAUGCCAGGCGCCAGUGGAUGGCGGAUCUUAAAAGAUUGCCAGCCUUCGUGAUCUCGACAUCAAAGGCGCGGAUUAUAGAGGUUUCUCCAGCUGAGGGCUCCACAACCGUUGAGCAAAGUUCGAAGGAAGUGUUCUGGAAUACGGAAAGCCAUGCACUGCUGGGUAAUGUCUGGUUCGACAAGCUAUCGCCCACACCUCCCUUGCAGAGCUUGCCAACAGUUGCCAGUGGCCCAACUGCAGCAACUGUCGUUGGCCCGGCGCAGUCUUUUGCAUCGCGCCCGGCUCAACAGCCUCUCCCAAUAGCGUCACCUCACCUAUACAGCAAGGGAUAUCCGCGCCUCUUCAGCGUAGGUGAAGACCGAACUCUCGUCGAGUAUGAUGUUACCAAUUCUUUUGAGCACACGGGGAAGACAGGCCUUUGCCGCAUGUCACUAGGUCUUCUGAAGCGGGCGUCUCGCAUAAUAGAACAACGCGCCUUACCUGCCGGCUGUUUAGCGCUGCCGUCUCCCGUGGGUGAGCCGGACACUGAAGUCCUCAUUUAUUCAACAGAAGCAAAAGCAACAGUAUGGAGCGCGAACUCGAUGACUUGCAUAAAGACUGCCUCCGUUGCAAUGGGGAAAGGUGGCGGUGGCGUACUGCAGCUGGCUCUGGUGCAGGAUUGGACCCAAACUGCAAACGAAGGAAAGAAAUUCAGCAUGUUUGAGGCGCCUGCAACAGUAAGCAGUCAUCUAGUGCUUCUCCCGUUCUCGCAGCGAUCCAUUCAAGAGUGCCCAUCCGGAGUGGCGUCGAUUCUGUACCGCAUUCCUGGCGGAAGUCUCGGCAAAUUCUACCGCACAGCAAAAGAAUUCUUCUACUAUUCUCAGUUGCGUAGUCAAGGGGAACGGACGACUCGCAGCAGGCGACUUGGAGGCACUGUACCCAUCAGAGAGCUCCCAAACCUUCUGUGCGCGAUGGGUGAGGCGCCAACACAGUUGGAGCUAAGUAAUAUUUUAAGCGAGUGCCGCGGCACUCAUGGCAUCAUGCACCGGCAAGGCACAGCCGCGGAGUCAACAGUGGGAGCGGAGACGCCUGCGAAGCCUGAAAGCAUCGCGUUUGAACGUUUCCUCGAGCUGUACCUGAACCAACGAGUUUCGCAGCCACUUCAAUACUCUGACGUGGUUGAUGCACUGAAACAAUUGAGUAAAGGCAAGGAAGGGGGCGAGGUACCGCCGGAGACCUUGACAAAGUUGCUCACAACUACAGGCGAGGCUAUGACAGAGGCUGAAUUGAGCUACUGCCUUGAAGUGCUAACAGGGUCUCCUUCUCUCUCCCUGCUUUGCUCCCGAGGCAGUAUAACGGGGGACUUUUUCGCACGUCGCAUCCUUCAAAUGGAGCCUACGCCUGGCAUGCCAGGGGGCCUAGAUCCCAAUUAG